AUGUUCAAAGCCUCGUCACCGCUCUUCUCGGGCCUUCUCUGGAAGAUCCCAUGGCGUAUUUCAUCACCUCAGAAAGCACGGCAAAGAAAGCGUCUACGCGCUGUUGACCGGGUGGUCGAUACCCUGAGCGCCGCCUUGCGACGAAACGGCCAGAGCACAAAAGCCGUCGAUCGGUGGUAUGCGGAAAUGCCUCGGGAGGAAGAGAUGUUGCCCAAGGACAAGUACACACUGUUCGAUAAGAAGGAAAAGACCUAUCGGAAGGGUAUUCACAAACUGCCCAAGUGGACAAGAGUCAGCCAGCGCCUGAACCCUCCUGGUUUUUAA